UUAUUUGUCCACAUUUUUUUAGAAAAUAAGUUAAUUUUUAGAGCAUUUACAUUAGCAAUUUGGCUGUUAUAGUUUUGGUUAUCGCUUAAAAAUCUGCAAACAUGACUUCGUUCCCUGAGCCAGAUAAAUGCCCCAAAGUGUGCCAUGACAUCGGCGCCUUUAAAAAGGCAGCAAAAAGUCCUGAGAAGGUCCAGGAAGAAAUGAAAGAAGCUGAAGACGCCAAAGCAGCUGCUGCUGAAGCUGGCCCAGCUGCUCAAGCGCCAGAAGAACAGGAGUCGACCAGACCCCCACCUUCAGGGGAAGAAUACCUCCCCAAUCUCAAGCCAGGACAAGACGGGAAAGUAGACUGGACUCCACUAGGAGGCAUGACUGGAACCAGACCAGGGGUCAAUAAAUACUCCAUCAGCAGAUACUCUUUAAGCGAAUGGAGGAAGCACAACGAGAGUGUCUUGGACCCUGAAGUCAUAACUGAGUCUAACAUCGUCGACUACAAUGCUAAGACCUCAAUGAUGCAAGCGUUCGGGAAUAUAGACAAACAGCAGAGCGAAAAUACGAAGAGACUGAAACAGAAGGCUAGGGACAUCUUCAGGUGGAAAGUCGAAGUCGAGAAAGCGUGUCAAGCCAUCACCGAUGAAGUGGAACAGCUUGAAAUCGAAAGACAACGCUUGAAAGGCGCGUCUCGAGUCCUCAUGUUACCUGUAUCGAUCUCCAAAGAGUGUCUCGAUCUCCGCUCGAACAGAUUCCAACCGGACUUAGUAGCAGAUCUUGCUGAACAAGAGCUGAUCAAAGAAAUGGAGCUUGUCAGCGAAGUAAAACAAACACUGAAAAAUACUUUGGAUGAAAUCGAAGCGCAAAUGGCUAUAAACAAAGCUGCUAAACACAGGAUUGAAUACGACUGGUGUGACAAAGCUAUGGCUUACAAUACUGAAGCUAUCAACUUGGGGUUGACCCCUAAAUCCAAUACUAUCAUGUUCAGACCAGGUGCUACAAGGUUUGGAGAUUACACAGCGCCUUUAGAGUAUUGGGAGUUCUUCUGUAGAGAAAAUGUCCAGAACUGUGAAGCUGCCAGACAGAAGUCAGCUGAUUUAAGAGGCAGUUUGAACGCCAUUCUUGUCAACGGUGGCAGAAAACUGAGGAACCAGGCAGAUAGGACUGACAUGGCUUUAGCUGAAACUGUAGCGAUCACACAGGAGUUGUGUACGAAAUUGGAAGAGACUUUAAGGAACACUUUGCAAAGAAUAGCUGAUAUGGAAGCCCUGAUUGACGAUUUGAAGAGUUCCAUCAGGAAAAUGGAUGCUGCUAUGAAGCUGACUCAAACGAGGUUGGAUAACAGAAACAACUGGCGACCUCAUGGAGAAAGCGUUCGUGAUCAGCCUCAUUUGGGCCUGAUUGAAGAAGUAAAAAAGAUACACGAAACUGUUACUUCUCUUCUUGGGCAGUUAAACAACGCUGAGCGCGUGAGAUCAGAUUUGCUGAAGAAAAGGAUUGCCCUAGAAAAGGAUAUUGCGUCUAAGAGGAAAACUUUGAAUAUUGACAGAGAGAGAUGCGGAAUGGUUCGCUCUCACUAUCCCACCGCUUCAGAAUUGGCUGGCUAUUAGAACUAAACACUAAAUGUAAAGAAACUGUUAGAGAAAUUUUCUCGUACAUGUAAAAUGCAAAACAAAAUUGGCAAUACAACGGCAGAUUGUUUUCUAAUUUAAAUACUUUCUAUUGUCGUGUCAUUGGGAUGUAAAUUUUAUUUAAAGUUACACAUCUUUGUUUCAUUUCUGUUCUCUGUACGCGUAACUACAACACUCAAUACUCAAUACGUUU